AAUGCAUAUAAGCAGCAUAGCGAAUUCUGUGGCAAGAAGAAGGAAAUAAAAAUGUCAAAAAACAUGGAAGCAGGUCCGUAGCUGCAGUGUUCUUAGGUUGGAAAAAUCGAUUUUUAACCCGGAAAAGUGCAACAAAACUGGACUGGAACUGUCGGAAUCGGUGCGUGGGAAUAUGGAACGUUUCGCAAUCAAUAUUCUGCACAAGCAGAUCUACAAAAUUUGCCGUUUGUGUGGGGUAGAUAAUCCGAUCAAAUAUCCCAUUAUCGAUGAGAACGAGACCGUGAUAGUCGGCGACGACGAUGAAGCGACGCUAGUAAGAAAAAUCGAGGAAUGUGUUGGUAUACAGGUCAGCAAAGACGAUCGAAUGCCGCAAAAUAUCUGCUCCCUGUGUGUGGAUAAGAUCAAUGACUUCUUCGAGUAUCGAUUGAUGUGCGCAGCGACCAACCUUCAAACUAGGACCAUUUUGAACUUACCCUUGGUAGACCCAACAAGGAAACUGAUUCCCGUCAGUGAUAAUAAGAAAAUAGACCUUAAGGAGGACGUCAAAAAGGUGGUCGAAGCAGCCAGCACCAGCGGUGUUAGCAGUACUAGCUCCAGUAAAAAAGGAAAAAAGCGGCGUGCUGCUUCGUCUCCGUCUCCGUCACCGGCUCCCAUUACUAGGGUUAAAGCAGCGGCAGAUAUCGUUAAGGAUGAACCAGUUCCAGUGACACCAGUGAAGGCGCUUACAAAGAAAGAAAGACUCAAACAACAGCAGCAGAUAAUUCAACAGAAGGAAAAAGACGAUAAGAAGAAAAAGGAGGAUGAAAAGAAGAAAAAGGAGGAUGAUCGGAAGAGGAAGGAUGAGGACAAAAAGAAAAUUAAAGAUGAAGAUAAGAAGAAAAAGGACGAAGUGGUAGAAAGUUCAUCGGAUCCCAAAAUUACCCGAUCUAAACGCAAGGAAACUUCUCCGGCCAGAGAAGGAGACAAGGUAGAACUAAGUGUCCCCGUACCGAAGAAAAUCAAAUUCGAACACCCGUGCUCGUAUUGCUCGGAUGAGUUUAAGACACAAACCGAGUUGGACGAACAUUUGGGGUCAAAACAUAUACCCAUUGUGCGGAAGUUUGGUUGUGGAUCCUGCGGUGAGACUUUUGAGUCGAUUCUCGAGUUCAAGGAUCACAAUUUGUGGCAUCAGUUAACGCGUACUAUGUACACUUGCUUCAAGUGCAAACGAAAAUACGAUAAAAAUACAGCCCUAGUCAAGCACUGCUCGUUGAACGCCUGUGGACGUGUUUCUCGUGGACGCCCACCAACAAUUAAGCCGGAUGUUCAGUGUCGCUUGUGUAACAAAAAAUUCAAAACUCAAAAUCUAUACGAAUGGCACAGUUGUUUCUUGAAACCGAAAGGUAACUGUCCAAAAUGCGGCAAAUUUUUCGUCAAAAAGGCAGUUCUUACUCGUCAUUAUAUGAUGUUCUGCACUGGAACGCUUCCCAUAUCGGAACCGGUAGUUAUUCCGAAGGAAGAGCCAAUCGAUACUACCGACAAGAACGCAACUGGUGUUGCAGCAGGAGCCGCUGCCAUUGCGGAACGGCGAACCCGUCGUUCUGCAGUAAUUGAACCCGAAUUGCCAAAAGAAGAACGUGAAAUUCCUUUCCCACCCCCGCUUGAGCUUGCUCAAGAUGUUGCUCCCUCUGGCAGCAAAAAGAAAGUGAAAAGCAAGGAAACAUCUAAAGAUUCGGGUGAAGCUUCUUCCCCCGCACUGGAACCGGCCAAAAUUGCUUCUCUUCUGCAUUCCGGGGCGAAGCUGGGUCGAGAUACGGAUAUUGCUACUAUCAAUAACUUGCUUAGUUCCGUAACAGAAGCCAUCGCCAGUCUGUCGGAGGCGAAAGCCAAGAAGAAAAAGAAAAGGAAGGAUAAAAAUAAAGAAAAGGAACGAGUGGAGGAGGAACCUGCACGGGAAGAAACUCCAAGACCGUUGGAAAGUCCUGCGUCUGUAGUAACACCUGUGUUGGACGAGAAAAGUGAGGAAGAACGACAGGCUGAAGCAUUGGCCCUGGAAGUAUGUGAAAUGACUUUGGAUCAGCAGUUGGCGUUCUGUGCCGGAAAGCAGCCGAUGGUGGUGUUGGCUAAAACCCAAUUCAAACAGGAAUGCACAGAAAUCGAUACGGAACCUUCUAGAUUACAAGAGCCAGUGGAUGAGGAAAAUAGCGAUGACCAUAGUGUUGAUGACAAUGCUAACGAUUUUUCCGCUUUUCAAGAAGAAGAUGAUGACCAAUCGGAGCAGCAAAUUUUACAAACUAAAGAAGCACAACAGGAUCCAGAACAAGAUCAAAAAGAGGAGGAAAAUGAAACAGAAGAAAGUACAGCAUCACGAGAACCGGUGGCAGAAGAGGAGGACAUUCCUUUCCCAAUGCCUAUUAAACAAGAGUUAGAGGAAGAAUCUCAUGAAGAGGAUAAAUCACCCGAACCCGAAACUUCUGAACCCGUAACACCUAUCGCUCCGAUUGUACAACAAAAAGAGUUCCUAGUCGAUGAACAAUUGGCUGUUAAAAUAAAGAAGGAACCCGGUUUAGAAGAAGAGCUUGAACCGCCUGUAAAACGCAAACGACCGAAAUCUCGUUCGUCAGAUCCGACGGAAGCUGUAAGUCAAACUAGCUCUCCAAAACCUACGAUAAUUCUCAAAAUUAAAAAGGAAAAAGGUUUAUUGAACGCCUCAAUGGAACCCUCAAAAGACAUUCGAACAAUUUUGCUGGAUGACGAUGAGAACGCAGACGCAGUAGCUGUUAAAAGCAACAAAGGUACUAGAGUCUACAAGAAGCCCGAUAUUUUAGCCGUUAAAAUAAAGCAAGAGAAAGUGGAUCCAGCGUACGACCGACAGGAACAGAAUGUCCAACUUCCACUGGGAGUCCAGAUCAAGCAAGAACCCAUCGAUCAAAGCGAGCAAUCGUUCGUUAAUCCUGAAGAAGAUUUGGCAGAAGAGAACAUUCUGGCUAAACCACCGAAAAAGAAGGCUCGCUCGAUGAAGGUUCAAGCAAAAUCUUCCUCCCCCGUAAUCGCAUUUGAUGGUGUUCGUAUUAAGCAGGAAAAAUCGGACAUUUCCGUACAGCCUACGGUUCAAGCUGGUGAGAAGAAGAAAAAAUCUAAAAUCAAAAUCAAUCCGUUUGCACUUCUCAAGCAGAGAAUGGCAGCCGAAGCAGCUGCCAAAAGUGCUGCUGCUAUAGAUGUUCAACCUGCCAAACCCGUACAAUCGCCCUCUCCACUGCCAGUGAUUACCAACGUAGUUGGCAAUGCCCCUCCUGCUGCAUCUUCGUCGUCAUCGAAAAGUUCAUCACCAGCGUCGGUGGAUGAAACGACAGAAACACAGCGAAUCGUUCCGAUAAUUGCACGUGUCACCUCGAUAGCCACGGAGCCCGCCGAAGAAUUUCCCAUGCCGAUAAAGCAGGAAUCUGUUGACGAUGAAGAGGAAGCGGAAGAAGAUAAACAAGAAGAACAGGCAAACGAGCAGCAAAUGGAAGAUGAUUUUCCUAUGCCUAUUAAGGAAGAAGCUCCCGAUACUGUUUCUGAAGAACUAACUCCACACGAAGAAGAAGAACCUGAGUUUCCCAUGCCAAUCAAAGAAGAGCCAACUGAAGCUCAGUCGGCAGAUUCAUCUGAGUCUAUAGAGCCACAAAAAGAGCUGGAAGAGGAAGAUUGCCCAGAAAAACCUAUGGCUGAAACCCCGGAAAAGGUAGCUGAAGAGGAAAUAGAUAAACACAACGGCGAUUGUGAUGAUGGUGAUAAUUUAAUAAAGGCCAACAAAACUGACGAUGAAAAUGAACCGGUAUCGACUCCAGACUCUGAAAAGGAAGACGAUCUUUUAAAUGUUAAAGAAGUAGAAGGUAAGGAUGAGUCCUGUUUGGAACCAGAGAAUUCAACAUCACCCAUAUCCGAUAUUCCUAUAGAUGAAUACGAUCAGAAUUCGGAGAGUAGACAGUUUCCGGAAGUCAAUGAAGUUUUGUCUGGGGAGAAGGAAUCUUCGGUCAAAGACGAGUUGGAACUAGUGAAAAAGGUGUUGGAAGAAAGUUUGCCCGUAUGUGAGAUUGGAGCGAUUGAAACGGGCACAACCCCUAGUACUUCCAGCAGCGAGACGUUAGAAAAAGUCGAAACUUCACAAAAGCCAGAAUCGAACGAGUUCACGGAACAAGUAUCUGGCUCUGAGCCAACCCCAUCACAGUCCGAUUUCGAAGAAUUGCAAAAUUUACUGACUGAAGGUCUGAAGCCAACAGAUCUUAACUAUGCGUCCUCCAGUGCGGUUGAGACCACUACGAAUGGUUCCAGCGCGGAAGGUUUGGAGGACGAACUUGACAGUUUGUUGAACAACAAACUCGAGGAAAUCUCGGACCAGUUGAAGCAUCCACAAGACUCAGCUAGCGCUGCUACCGCUCCUGAUGAGGACAUUAGUUUAGCAUUCGAACGGGAGCUACUGCAUGAAAUGAUGCCGCUUCAACAAAAACGGCAGAACGACGGCAGAACCGACGCCCAAACAACGGAAGUGAGUUCGAUGUCGACACUUGACAGUAGACUGUUAGAUGCAGAAAAAAAUCCGCAGGCAGGUGAGGGCGGACCGUCGUAAGAACCGAAGAGUUUUUCCUUCUAAAACGUAUUUAUAGACGAACGAAAUUACUCACUCAUCAGCUAGGACAUAGUGUUUUAUUUUUAUUAGACUCUGAUUUUAGUCGAGCUUUUUUAGAGUAACUUUCUUCCAUGAAACUGUUUUGAGCGGUGAAGUUUUUUUUUUUUUUGGUCGCAAAAAAAGGCAUUCGAUUUAUUGCUUAUGUUGGCAAACUUUCUUGACAGUCCAAUCAUACUUGAUUUGUAAACAAGUAAUAAAAAACAGUGAAUUUUCGCAGUUGAGUAAGAGAUUGUAUGUGGAUUUAGGA